ACACACACACGCACUCGCGAUGGAUGACGUGCUUGGUGUUUGUACGGCACAUUUUCCCUUCCUAAAGCCCCACCCUCCAAGUCUUUUCUCCCUCCCUCCCUCCCGCAUUCAAAUCGGGUUCCAAUCGAGCGAUUAGGAUCGGCUGUAAUGGGAUUGCUCCUUCCGCUGGAGAGGAGGAGAUUCGCCAUCAUCGUACGGAUGUGAAGCUCUUGUUUGGUCCAGUUGGGGAAGCCAUUGAAGCUGCUUUAAAAUCGAUUGCACAUCCACAUCCCCUACAAGCUCACCGAAUUCUUGGCAUUGCCCAUAGCGCUCUAUACCCUGUUGUACAGUGGGUUGUUGGUAGUGUCCCAGAAUUAUAGCCACAAAAAUACAUCUUUUUCCACAAAGCUGCUCAGGUCCUAAAGGAGCAUAUACUAAUCAGGAUACAUCUGAAAUCGAUUGGCAAAGUGGAAAUUAAGGAGUCAUAUGAUACAUCAUCAUCUAUUUCACUAGACAUCUGACCUUUAAUGGAAGAGCACCUAAAUGUGGACAAGUAUUCUAUUCAGCAUCCUGUGGAAGCAGCGGUUGCUACAACCACAUCCAACUUGGCUUACAAACUCAUUCCACUGUCUCUUGAAGAUCAAAGCCUAUUGCAACAGAAGAAAACUCGUCUUCUGUAUGAGAUCUCAGCACGUGAGAACAAUGUACAGCAGAUUGAAACAGAGCUGAACCGAAGAGAAAGUUCCAUAAAAUUGGUGGUAUUUCAUAUGCAUGAACUGGAACAGAAAAAGACAAGUCUUCUUAUUGAAUUGCAAAAGUUACGUCAUCAGAUUGAUGAGAUAAAUAGCAGCAAUGCUGUUCGGGAUUUGUUACGAUCAUUGGAAUCAUUGAAGGCUCUAGAAUGGAAAGAAUCUGCUCUGCAGCCUCCUUGUGAACAAACACAUUCUGAUGCUCAAUCAGAGAUGCUGAAUCUCGAGAAGGAUAUUUCAGUUGUCAAUGGAAGACAACAUGACUUGAUAAAUCUUGAUCAAUCUCUCAUUAAAUCGUCAAACAAGUUGAGGCUGGCAAAGAGUGAACUUGCUGCUAAGCUGAGGGCGAUUUUGUUGUUAAAACGACAAAUUGAUGAUGUGCCUGUUCAAACUGAACUGAUUCAGUAUGAACGUCGGUUUUCAGAACUUUAUGUGCAGAUUCAGGAAAAGCAUCGUCAAACUUGUAAACAUUAUGCUACCUAUAACACACUGUUGGAGAUAAAGGAACUAAUGCUAAAGGAAACAUCCCUGUUGAACUCAAUAGAAUUGCAGGUCUUCCAUUGUGGGCUGAGAUUGGAGCUCGGAAUUGGAAUGGAAAACCUCUUUGGUAUCACUUGUUUCAAGAGUAUCCUUCAUCGAUAAUGCUAAAUCCGAAGAUUAAAUCUUCAACGAGUUGGAUGAACAUGGAAGCUCAGUGGUCUAAGAUUUAUGCCAUUCAUUAGAAGUUACCACAAGUUAAACACAUUCAUGGUUUCAAGAAUUGUGAAAAACAGGACAGCAUGACUGGGACUGUACUAUUUUGGCAUGAAACUGGCACCCAUAUAGGUGCUAGGUUGCCAAAAUAGCUGUACCAGUACCUACCAGCCAUACUAGUGCCGGAUGGUACUGCACCCGACCGUAUUGGUUGGUUCCAUGGUUUUUCCAAUUUAUCGGAAACCAUCAAUUUCAGUACAUAUAGUUGGUACUGGGGCUGUGCUGUUCUGAUUGAAAAGCGGCACAGGGUUCAUUAGUGGCAUUUAAAAUCUUGAAUACAUAUAUAUUAAAAGGAUGGAUUGAUGGAUGGAUGUCUCUUUUGUGUGUGUAUAUGCAGAUAUGUUUACAUAUGUGAAAGCAUGAUCAUAUAUAGACACAGAUGUUAUUGGGUAUUUACGCAUACAUGCAUGUGUAUCUAAAUAUGUUUAUUGUGCACGAAUUGAUCAUCUAGGGAGAAGUUACCUUGAUAUCUUGGGUCUAGUCUAUUGCCUGUAACAAUAGUUGUUGACAGAUACCCAUCAUUUGAAUAGGUAAUGCAGUCAAGUUGUGAGAAUUGAGUGACUGGUUAGGUGGUGCGCAACUGUGAAACCGUUGAAAGUCUAGGGUGGCAAAGGUUGGGAAUGAUAAUGUGCUAAUUGGCAAGUGUUGAAUAUGAUGAGGAACAAAGCAAUGAUAAAAAAUUUCAAUGCAAAUAACCUUUCCCACACUAUUUUUGGAAUUCAUUUUGUUCUGUACUAAAAUAAAAUUAUCCUGUAGUCUUAUUGAGUCUAAUUCUGGAGUUAUAAUAUGUAACAAAUAAUGAUCUAGAUGCAUAGAUGAAAAGCAGUUAUUACAUUUUAAUUGUGCAUUGUCACCGGUGCUCAUCUUUUGUGGUCUGCUUUGCUUGCAUAGAAGUAGGGUAGCAAUGGGUUAGGUUGGCUUAGGUUUGGAUUGGGUCUGCUCAUGUUUAGGUCAGAAAAUUGGCAACCAAUACCCAAUCAAUUUAUUUUACAUGAACCCAUGCCCAUCCACUGACCCAUUUUUCAUUCAUCAAUCAUAUACAAGUAAAAGAUAAAUGAAAACAUGUUAUGCGAAGAUCAACUAACUAUAAACUAGAAAUUAGGGUAUAUGAUAGUGAUAAACUAAUUAAAGAUGAAACUGACUAUAAUGUAACCGGACAUCCCAAAAUCCUGGGACUGAUCAUGUCUAUCAAUCUCUGAAACCCUAUGUAUGUGUCUAUGUAUACAUAGUGAACUAAACCAUAUGGAAAAAAAAUUAGGGAACUAUCAAUUAUUUUGGUUAUGGGAGCCGAUUGGUUCCCAACCAGGCUACUUAGAUUAUCCUUGGUGACCCAUCAUGUCUGGGGGCUAAACCCAAACCCACUCAUUAUUGGGUUGACUUUGGGUUGACCUGAAACUGACUCAACAAAACCUCACCCACACCCAUUUAUUGAGGAUGGGUUCAUCGGGUUGGUGGAUGCAGGUCAGAUAUGGCCACCCUUGUGUGGAUGGUUGUGUAUGGUGUCAAUAUGUACUGGUUUUGAAGGGGAAGUUUGGCUUACCAUGCUUUGAAUUUGUUUCGGUCAAAUCCACUAUGAAAAUAUAGCCUAGGCUUGAAAUUUAAGUGGCCAGAAGGUAUGAUUUUACUGAAACUUAGGGAUGAUAUAUUUUUGAUUCUAGAAUCAGUUUAUUAGGUUGACAAGUUGCGUGGUCCACAAGGUUUCAAUAGAUACCACAGCUGAAGCAACUCUCAAGAACCCCGAAUGAAACUGUACAAGCUUAAGAAUCUGUUCGACUAAUUCUUUGAAAAUGUAAAGGUGCAAUUUGCUCUUGAAAAACGUGCCACCCAGAAGCACAAAACACUACGAGACAUAAUCUGGAAACAUGUACUGUAUAUAACAAACUUACCCCCCUCACCCACCUGCGGCAAACCCCAUCAAUAAAAAAAGGGAGAAAGAACAAAACAAAUUAUUGCAUCAUUGGAUCCCAGCUAUUCUGAAUGAUCAAAUGCCUCUUCUUGGUCUCUUGAACUCCUACUAAUCUAGGUGACAUGUACAUUGCACAGGCCUAUACCAGCUUAUACGAAUGUGCAAAGUUUACAAACCUUAUUGUCUCCCAUCUUAGUUCACAAACACAAGAAGAUUAUUGCAUAGCAUUCUACAAUAGGUUAGUUCACCAUCUUAGGUUCAUGAUCUGGUACAUUGGAUAGCUGAAAAUGUGGCAUUAUUUUGGGGAUCCCAUGUGAUCAUAUAUUAAUCAUCUUUAAUCUUUCUUAAUCACUACUCUUCCAUCCCAUCAAAAUGAGGGGGGAAUUCUUUUUGCCUAUUAAUAGUUUUCAAAAGUAUGCAGGAUAGAUUGAUCUGAUGAUUAGCUUAGAUGUACUUCUCAUUUAAUUUGGAGCAUACUUGCAGUGACCUGCCUAUGUCUUAGAUUCCCUAAAGACACAAAAUCUAGAUGAUUGAUGUGAUGCUGUUAGAAUUGGCAACAUUAAUAAGGCUGCAUUUAGCUGCUGUGAGAGCCAAGAAAUGAAACUAGAGUGGAAUCCAUCUUCCACUCCAUUUUCUCUAAUUCUCUUUUCCUUUUAGUUUUGUCAAGUAGUUAAACAUUGCAUAUGUUUGUUAAUGAUGGAGACUCAAAAAUAUGUCGAACAGUUUUUGGAUUCUUCUGCUUCCAUCUAUGGGGAAAGAGUUAGGUACGAAGCAUACCUAACUGGUUUUGGGAUGCUCUUGCAACUCUACCUGGUUUUUCAUAUCAUUCAUUUUUAAGUAAUAGAUGUCUGUUUUUCUUUAAAAAAAUGUUAAUAUUGGCUCUGAAAUCCUCUACAUACUUGAACUAUACAAAUCAUUCCUUUUUUUUUUAAAAAAAAAGAUGGGGAAGUACAAGUUUCUUCCUGAUUUAACACAAGAACAUGAGUUUUUGGCAAUGCAUGGACAAUGUUAUAUCACUGAAAACUUGUUGGAUUAUUUAUCUUGCAUUUAGAAUUGUAGUUUCAUUUAGCAAUCAAUACUGUAACCUUUAAUCUGAUAUAUCUGUUUCUAAGCUUUAUUGAUUGUCAAAUUCUCUUCACAUUAACUGAAACAUUUUUGUAGAUUUCCUUCUUCUAACAUGCAAGAAUGGCUAUUUCUUUAUUCUUUGCAACUUAACUCUUCUCAGUUACUAGUCUGGUGUCCCUCUCCAAGUAGCUAUGGCUGCGAUCAUUAGUUUUUUUUUUUGGGCAUGUGACACUGAAUAUUCAUCAAGUGCUCCAACAAUCAUCAUUAGUUAACAUAAUGCCACUUCAGCACUAGCACCAUGGUUGCUCUCUCGAGUAACGUCUCUCAGCUGUCAUCCUUAUGGUAGACAUUUCAAGAAAAUUAAUCAUUCUUAGUGCAUGCAGUGUAAUCAAAAUAACUCUUCUGUGAUUCUGAACUGAAAAUGAAACUAAAAUGAUAAUUGUUGUCAACAAGCCUUUUAUAUCGAGGAUAUAAUGCAAAAAACCGAUAAUGGAUUACAACAUUUAACUAGAGAUUCUGUUAAGUUGAGCUUGCUGCACUUCUCUUCAUUCAACACCAAAUCUAAGAAAAGCAAAAGCCAUUUGGUUAAGUGAACAACUUUGGGUUUGCAGUUCUGCUAGAAAGCUGCUCGUACCGACAUUUUGUUUUAUUUUAAAUCUCAAAUUAAUCUACUCUUUUAUUGUAUUUCUUUUUUGUUAAUAAAUUGGGUGGUUCAACCUUCCUUCCAAUUAAAAAAAUCAUAAUAAUAUCGUUGAGGUGUAGCUAAUGUAAAGAGUUUGAAGAAGAUAAAUCGUGAAUUUCAAGUAUGCAUACAAUUGAUGCUGAUGCAAAACAAUUUAAUGUGUUGUGAUGAUCUUUUUUUGUUGUUAUUUUUAUAUCAAAAUUACCUUUUCUUUUUUUGCAUUAGUAGGUAAGGAUGGAGAUAGGAAUUUUCUGGAAGGAAAAAAGUCUUAUGACAUUAUGAUUUUUUUUUUACCAAGCUUAAAUUAAUAAGAAUUAUGAAAUAUAGCAACAAAUAAAUCCAUCAAAAAGCAAAAAAAGGGGCGAAAAAACUCUUACUCAUCAUGCUAAUUUGGUUCUUUAGCUUUCUAUUGUCAAAAACCAAAAUCUUAUCAUUAUAGAAUCCAUAAAAAGGGUAGCCUGAUGUACGAGGCUCCCCCCAUUAUAGGAUCUGGGAAGGGUUAGAUGUACACAGCCCUACCUCGUGUCUUGAGUGGUUAUUUCCAUAUUUCUAACCUAUGAGCUCCAAAAUUGUUGCACCAUGGCUCACCCUUUCAUUCUCUCAUUAUAGGAUCCAUUCAAAAUUAACUAAAAAAGUAUUUAGAGAAGUUGCCUAUAUGGUGUCCAGUCAAGGAAAUUGCGAGUUGGAGAAGAGGAGGUUUCUUUCUUCUUAGGAGUGUGUAAUAUACCAUUAGUUCUUGUACAGAAGGGGAAUGAAAGAAGGCCUAUGGGUCUCUUAAGAUCUCCAAAUCCAAAGAUAUGGAGGGAUCUUUAAAUUAUCCUUUGGAUCUCUUCUUAUGGAUCUUGACUCAAUCCAGAGAGAGGAAGAGAUCUUGUCCCAGCACACAUGCUGUCAAGGUUGGCAUCUUAAACUUUGAAUGGAUAUCUAACUUGGAAAAUGGAGGGUACAAGGUGAAUUUUUCC